AUCAUAAUUACCAUGACACAUGCGCACUCCACUUGAUGGAGUAAUUUGGCAACUCCAAGAAUUUGUUUGAUUUUUUUUGUAUUUGUUACUGAUGCAUCUACCAUGUCGCGUCGCAAGCAGGCGAAACCCCAGCACAUCAACUCGGACGAACAGCUAAUAGUUGCAAACGGUUCUCAAGUAUGCCAAAAUGAUGGAGUUGGGGAAAUAAGCGCAAAGAAAUGUAGGACCGAAGAAACCAACAUCUGUAAGAAAUGCUGUGCCGAGUUCUUUGAUCUUUCCAAGUUCCUUGAACACAGGAAAAAUUGCACUAAAAACCCACCAGUUUUGAUUAUGAAUGAAGGUGAGAGGGAAAUGCCUCCAAAAGACUGCCCAGAACCUUGUCCGGAUAACGUCACAAAUGGCCAAAUGAACAAUCAAUCUAACAACAAUAAUAGCUCUGAAGAAAAAGAUGAAGAGAAUGAUACUGCUGAAAUGAAUGUUGAUAAUGUAGAAUCUCAUAAACCAUGUGCCUCUAAAGCUGCUCCAAGUUUACAUCCAGCCUCUGGUGUGAGCUAUGUAACCCAGUCUAAAAUACCAAACACUAAUGUCACAUUGGAGAUGAUUCACAACACUAAGGUCGCUGUGACUCAGCACGUUCCUGACAAUGUGCCUGCCAGCAACUCCAAUGCAACUGCAAACAUUAAUGUUAUUCCAAUCUUGCUCGAGCAGUUGGUCUGCUUGCAACAGCAACAACUUCAACAGAUUCAGUUAACUGAGCAAAUCCGCAUCCAGGUGGCAAUGAUGGCUCCUCAUUCUCUGCACCCAUCCAUUGUUGCAGCUGCAGACCCCCUCAAAGCUCUGGGGGCACACCUUUCUCAGCAGCUUUCUGCUGCUGCUGCUUUAAUCGGGCAGAAAGUGGGUAGCCAGAGCUACUCCAUAGAAGGUUUUAAACCAAUACAGAUACCUCAUUCUUCUGUUGGUUCAACUCAUUUCAACAAAGGCUUGCACCACUCUGACUCUGCAUCUCUACAAACCGCUGGUACUCUAACUUCGCUAUCCUCCAAAUCCGAUUCCAUUUUAUGCUCCGAAAACUCAGCCAGGCUUAAACAUGGGAGCCUCACCAGCUCGGCUGCAAGAUUUCCAAAUCCCUUGCUACCACGCUCCCCAAAUACAGUGGCCAUCCACAGCCCACUGAUCGGACUAUCUGCUGCUUCAGCUGCGCGAAAUCAGAAAGGCAAGCCCCCAAACGUUGCGGUGUUUGAAACAAAGUCCAGUUCGGAGGAGUCCUUCUUCAAACACAAGUGCAAAUUUUGCGGGAAAGUAUUUGGAAAUGACAGUGCCCUGCAGAUUCAUAUCCGUUCCCACACUGGUGAACGACCAUACAAAUGUAACAUUUGCGGUAAUCGAUUUACAACCAAGGGCAACCUGAAGGUCCAUUUUCAGCGACAUAAGGAGAAGUACCCGCACAUCAGGAUGAAUCCAUAUCCAGUUCCUGAACAUUUGGACAAUGUUCCAACCAGCAGUGGGAUUCCGUACGGCAUGUCUAUACCUGUUGAUACUUCUGCAAAUUGGUCAGACACCAAGCCUGUCUUGCAAACGUUGUCCAACUCGGUUGGGAUGAAUCUAUCAAAUACUUUUGAUGAUACUUCGGAUAAAGUACCUGCGAGUGAUUUUCUGCAAAGACGAUCUCCCGCAGUAAGUGAAACUGCGUCUUUGUCAUCAAAUAUCAGCAGCUACGAAUCGAACAUAGAAGUUAAGUGUACAAAUGAGAAUGGCAAUGCACCUAUUCUGGCUACUUCCAUCAUGUCUGACACCUCCAAGCCUAAGCUACCUUUUGGUAACAUACUUGAUAACAGCCAAGCAUCUGAGACAUCCAAGCUUCAACAGUUAGUAGAAAAUAUAGACAAAACAUUGACUGACCCAAACGAAUGUGCUGUGUGCCAUCGUAUACUAAGUUGCCAAAGUUCACUAAAAAUGCAUUAUCGUACCCACACUGGUGAAAGGCCAUUCAAAUGUAAAGUGUGUGGCAGGGCUUUUUCCACAAAAGGCAACCUCAAGACUCACUAUGGGGUCCAUAGGGCAAAGCCUCCUUUGCGAGUACAGCAUUCAUGCCCAAUUUGCCACAAGAGAUUCACUAACGCUGUUGUCCUUCAGCAGCACAUCAGAAUGCAUAUGGGAGGUCAGAUCUCAAACACCCCUCUGCCUGAAGGCUAUUACGAUAGUUCUGAUCCAGAGCCAGCACUAGCUGAUGAAAAUGCUGAGCUAGACAGCAGUUUUACAGAUGAAAAUAUGGAUGAAUCCGAGUUGGAAGGGGAGAAAGGUACAAAGCUGCCUACAACAACUGAGUAUUCAAAACCAGUUUUGCCUUACAGUGACUUACCGGCCAACUCUCCCCUGCUGGUAUUCUCCAAUAUAGCUGCUUUGGAAAGUCAGAUGAAAAUGGUUAACUCUAAUUCUAAUGUGAACUUGCAACGACAGAGCAGUUUAAAAUCCAGUGAGAACGGCUCCCCUGAAAGUGAAGGUAUGGCUAAUGAUUCUUUAUCAGCGACAGGGGAUCAAGAAUACCAGAACAAUCGAAGCCCAGGUGCUGCAGAAUCAGCAUUGUUUCGAGCUUCAUCUCCUGCUAACAGCUUUAAUGGUAGUCACAAGUCCAAGUCGCCAGGAUUUACGAGUGAAAAUCCAGCAACAAAAAUUGAGCCUGUCGAGACAUCUGAACUGACAAAUGAUGCUGCGUUAGAUUUAACAUCAGCCAAUGUUCAUCGAAAAGUUAAGGAAGAAGUGACUAGUGUUCCAUUUACUAACGGAGACUGCAGUGCUGUUCAAGUUCCUGCAGGUUCCUUUAUCAGGGCACCUCCUUGUCUGAUUAAAGUGGAAGUAAGCGACCAUGGAGAACGACCAGCAGCAACCACUGCACAGUUUCUUACCCCAUCAACUAUGGCUUCAGUCAUGCCACCUAUUUUGGCACCUCCACCCCGUCGCACACCUAAACAACACAACUGUCCUACUUGUGGAAAGAGCUUCUCCUCAGCAAGUGCUCUCCAGAUUCACGAACGCACGCACACUGGUGAAAAGCCAUUUGCAUGCACCAUCUGUGGAAGAGCUUUUACAACGAAAGGAAACCUCAAGGUCCACGUUGGAACUCACAUGUGGAAUAAUUCUGCUAGACGUGGCAGAAGACUUUCACUAGAUAGCCCAAUGAUACUGAUUGGCAAUGACCCAAAGAAGUUUUCCGAGAUGUUCCAGAGGGAUCUAAUGGUUCCAUCAAUGAAUAUUGAACCAAGUGUCUGGAGCCAGUACGCCACCGUGCUUACCAAUGGAUUGGCUUUGAAAACCAACGAGAUCUCCGUGAUUCAGAAUGGUGGUAUCCCUCCCAUCACAGUUAGUGUGGGAAGUGGAUCUGUUGUAUGCACCAGCACUGCAGUUUCCAAACUGGAUGCAUCCCAGUCUGCCAUCAACCCAGCAAUUACUAAUGCGGAAAAACCUAGCUCUGAAAAUGUUUCAACACCUCACUUCCCCCAUUUUGUGGAAGAAAGCAAAAUAGCUGUUAAUUAAUAAGACAUUCUGUAGCAAAUGUGCAGAGUAGAGUAGGUUUUAGACUUAGGUUUUAUGAAAGAAACAACCACAGACCUCAAUAUGGCUACUAUUUUCAUAUAAUCCCAAAAUAUGUAAAAUAGAUUUUUUUUACUGUAGCUGUCUCUAACAAAACUGCUGGGUAUCUCCCUGAAUUUAUGUUAUGAGUACAAUCAUUGCUUUGCAAAUUUAGUGUAUAAAACUCUCUGGGAUUUAUCUAAAAAAAAUAAAGCGGGUCUUGCAAAGUGAAGCGUUUACAAUAUUGACUUGAGUUUACAAUAUUUGAAGUGUACAGCCUUUCUCAUGAAUUUUACUGCAAAUUCCUUAUGAAUCCAAAGAUUGAAAUAAAUUCUGUAACUAGUGAUAGUUUUGAAAUUAGUAGAAAUUGAAAUGAAUCAUUUCCAUAAACUACUAUAGAUAUGUCUUUGCGAAUGUGUGUAAUUUGUAUUUUGCUGUUUAUACAUUAACCAUUUAUGCGGGUAACUGUUCUAGAAUGUCAAUUGGUGCCAUUUGUCUAGAAUUUGAUGAGGACUGAUCCAUCAAAAAAAAAAAAUCUUGAAUGAACUCUUGUUUUAAAUAAAAUUCAAGAAAACGAGAUGCCUUUAUAGGACGAUGUACUCAAUAAAUAUUUUUUCCUUGUUUAUAUUGUUUGAGAUUAACAAUCCAAGAUUAUAUUAGCUACUUCCUCUGAUGCUCAGCUGGCAAUAUAAGUAGGGUUAGCAGUGAUGGGAAUGUAGGAAUAAAUGAGAUGUUUUCCCCCUCUCCCCCAAGGAAAACAUAGGUGCAGCAAUAUAAUUCAUCUCACUGCAUCUAAUCUGGGGAGGCACAAUAGUCUUGAUCAGACCACUGGUAUUUUUUCAGUAACUUUGUACCUAGUGAUUUGGGGAGGAAGUGUGAGGCUUGGCUGUGAUGCCCUCCAGAAAAUGAUCUUACCCAUAAUAACAAGUGUAGAAUGCCAAAGGGACACAUUACGGUCUGCAGGCAUCUACAGAAUUAAGGUGUGGCAUGAGUCGUUGCAUCAGGGGAAGACAUUUUUUUUUAAAUGCCGGCAAAACAAAUAUUUAUGGAAAAACACAUCCUUUACUUUCCAUGACACAACUUAAAACUAAUUAAUAUUAUUUCUGCAAUCUUAUGAAAAUGAUGCAUGCUCUUAGAUAAAUUAAUAAUCGGCAUGUCAUUUGGUUUCGAAGAGUGGAUGGGUGUGAGGAAAAUGUCAUGAGGUGAAACUCUUUAGAAACCCAGUCAUUUUGAUAUGAAAUUCAUACAAUUGGCUUGUGAGAUCUUGAAGAACUUGGCAACUACCCAUGUUAAUAAGGGUAGUGUUUGACCUUUUACGUAAAAAAAAAUACAGGUGACAAUUAAAUUUAAGAAUGUCCAACACAAUUAAAUUUGAACUUACCUUUUCCUUCUGUUUAAUACUGAUAAAACAAGAGUGCAUUCUUGAUCAAUUUAAACAUAUCCUGGUUUAAGCCAGGUAACUUGUUUAAUUUGUGGAUGGUACACCAUUUGUGCUUUAGCCAAAGGAGACCCACUUGUAGCAUACGAGGGAAGUGGGGAGGGUGGGCCCCAGAACUUGAAGUAAUUUUGUUAACUACCUCACUUUCUAAUUUACUUGUUUUUAUGUUUUGUUUUGUUUUGGUCAUAUUGGUUACUUUUUGUAGAAUAUGACCAAUUUUUGUAAUGUAUGAACUGGCUUGAAGUAGAUGCCUUGUGCAGUUGGACAUCAGUAAAUGGACCAAGUUUUCUUUUGUUGACAGGUUGGAAACAUUUAAAAAAAAUAAAAUAAAAUUCUCUUGACCUUUUCUGCGUGCUAUAGUUUAACACUGAAUGUACAACUGGAGUGCUGAACAAAAUGGACACCGACUGCCUUUUGGCUUGCAGAUGGAAUAGUUUGGGACUUGGAAGAAUGAGAAAAAUUUAAUUGCCUACGUGGAAGAGUAAAGCCACCAUUUCAGUGCAGUGUUUUCUUUGGAAGAUUUGAAAUGACUGCUUCACUUUGGCCUAUUUUGAUUUCAGUUUCAUGGUGCUUUCAUAUGCAGAGGACUGACAUAGGGUAACUGUGAAUCUACAGAAUCUAAAUGGUUUACAUGAAAAAUGGAUUUUUGUUACAUUAUGUUGUCUUGAAUAUGCUGUCUUUUCAUGAAUGUUUUAGCAACUUUCUUUAGUACAUCUGAAUGUAAACUUGAUUCUUUCUGGCAUAUGGGAAUAAAUGCAGGAUAGCAUUGUCACAA